AUGAAGUGCGGCCAAAUCAUCAUCCUCGCUGCUAGCCUCGUUGCGCCGUCAAUGGCAGCUUGGUGUAACUACGGCAUCUUCAACCCAGCCCUCGGAAGCCAAGACUGUGGCCCGUGUGGUGGGGAGCACUCUGAAGAUCGCCCGAUUUGGCGCGGGGACUGUUCCUCCCCUCCGGCGGGCGAAGGUUGCGGUCCUGGUGCUGUAGUUGCAUGCGUACGACAAACCUCCCCAUCUCCAAAAGACCAUUUCUUUGUUGUGGUCUCGACUAACAUUCUGGUUGAAUUAGUGCUCCUAGGAUCGCGGUGGUAUUACAAUCGGAUCGAAAAGCUAGAAACUAGACGAGCGAGGUCACAAAUACGGAAGAAAUCACAAACCUUCACAGAAUUGACCGAAGCUAGACUUGUUGGUGGCAGAGAAUUUGGUCACUUUAUCGUGGCGCUGAGACACCAGGCGUUCAUGACCUGUGGUUUACUUGCCUGCACGACCGCGCGAUCCGCGGAUGGUGAUACCGAGAGGGCCUGGGUAUACUGGUGCUUUACUGAAGACACGAGUUGUAGGUUCAUUCAAUAG